AUGUUGCACGGAGACAAAACACGAGGUUGGCGUCGAUAAAGGACCACUUCCUUGUCAGUGCCGUUUAAGGAUGAAGGCAAUUUUUGUGAUGCUCUUGAUGUUAAAAGCUGUGAGUGUGAAAACUCUGCCUGAAUUUAAAUCCAGCAAAGAACCAGAUAACAAGGCACGCGCAGAUGACGUAACUGAUGACAUUACUUUGGAAUAUCGUCCUGAGAUGUUAAGGGAAAAUUUGAUCAAAUUAUUCAACUUGACUGCACAGGACUUAGAACUAAGUUAUGAAACAAUUUGGCCAGGGGGUCGUAGCACGAUAACGCUAAAAAGGAAAUCUGGUGACAAGAAGUUAUUGGAUGUACCCCAGGUUACAACUGGUGAGAAGAGUGACCAAAAAAGCGCGACACAGAGCAGAGGUACAACUCAAAAGCUACAAGCUAAGCGAGUGAUAAUUCCACCAGACGAACGAAAACAGCUCCCUUCCUCCAGUAAGGCCCAGAAAUCACCACACUCAGCUGCUUGUAAAGUGUCUUGUAAAGGAUUUUGCACCUGGUCUUGUUCAGGGACUUUGAUAGGUCCGCAUCACGUACUAACUAGCGCGCAUUGUAUCGACGGAGUGGAUGUCGCUACUCUUCAGGUUGGGUUUCUGGAGAGAAAUGGCCGGCUACAGUGGUACGAUGUGAUGAAAGCGUCCAUGCCACUACGAUGGAAAAUUACUAAGAAAAAAUAUGAUUAUGCCGUGCUUAAACUCAAAGGUCGGGCAAAUCGUCGAUCGUACGUCAGUGUCGUAUCCGUGUCCCUGCCCAAAAACUCGUUGAUAUCGAUCACAGGAUUUCCCGGUGACAAAUCUCCUAGCAGUCUUUGGAUCUCCAAAUGUCGUGCAAUCUUAGUGAGCAGCGGUCAGAUUUGGAAUAACUGUGACGUGGUGAGAGGGAGUUCGGGGUCAGGUGUUUUAGUAAAGGACAACAGCGGAGGGAUAACUCGCACGGUUGUUGUCGGUGUACUGUCCGGCGAACAAUCUGUACGAAUUCGAGGACGUGUCAAGAGAUUUAAUGUAGCUGUUCAUCUAACAGGGUCUAAGCUAUCUCAGAUUAAUGAAUGGAUAAAUAAAUAA